CACAUAAGGGUCCACAACUGUGGAGCCUUAUCUUAUAUCAUCCAAUGAAUUUCAUGUAAACCUUCAAAAUCCCAACACUAUUAUCCACUUUUGACAGAUUAAUUCAUUCUACAUCACAAUUGAAUUGACUCUCAUAAAUUGUCUUCUCUUUUGAAUUCAAACCAAAUUCUGAAGCCAAAGAAGUCCAUCCAUGGCUCACUCGAUGAUCUCACCACCCACCACUGUAACUACACCCAUCACCACCACAAGGUCUAAGCACCAGCACCAGCCUCCAUCUCUAGGGUUAUUGAGAGUUUCAGCAAGUAGUUGCCAUGGUUCUACUAAAACCCAAGAUGAUAAAUUCAUCAAUCGCAGGAGUGUGACAUUGAGCUUGGCUGCAGGGGUGGUGGUUGUGGGGUUGAGUGGCCGGAGUGAGGCUGCAGGGAGAAGGCCACCUCCGCCGCCGGCGGAGGAGAAGAAGGAUCCAAAUGUGAGUGGUGUGCAAGCAAAAGUGCUAGCAAGCAAGAAGAGGAAGGAAGCCAUGAAAGAAUCUGUUGCAAAAUUAAGAGAAAAAGGAAAGUCCAUAAAUAAUUAAUGUGUACUCUUAUCAAUCUGAAUUGCUGCUGCUUCUUUCAUUGCCUUCCUCUCUUUAUAUGAAGAACCAUAAACAUGAUUUUUUUUUAAUGCAGAGGGGAAUCAGUAGUUCUAAUAA